AGAAGCGGAUAUCGUAUGAUUCGUAUCCAUCAUGGAAGUAAAAGUCCACGGAUCAAACUUGUCAUAAUCGUCGUCACUUCUGCUUACUGGAAAAAACUACCUCUCUCUGACUCAAAUGAAAUGUCCCCAAAAAACUCAUAACGACCGCCGCAGCCACCGCCAUAAAAGAUGACAUCCUUAACUUACCAACUAUUCUCAUCAGCAUCCCUAAUCUCACUGGGACUUUACCGUCUAAUCUUCGCAACUCGUAACUACCUCAAAUCUCCCCAAUCUUACAUCGCCAAACCCUACCAUCCUCUCCCUUUUUCCUCCUCCUCUCGCUUCAAACACCUCCAGCUCUACCUCCUAAUCCUUUGCCUCCUCAUUUCCUUCACUCACCAAACCAUUAUCUCCUCCGACUCUGACCCUCUCUUAAAAGGCCGCACGCCCGUGCACCGCUUCACUUCUCUCCAAUCGGCGUCACUCAUCUUCCUCUUUCUCAUUCUCUCGCUCGCUCUUCUUUUAUCGGAAACUACCUCUCUCCUCCCUCUGCCGCCGGAUCUCUUCUUCGCUAUUGGCUCCGCUCUUCUCUUUUUACAGUACUCUGUAGCUUCUUCCGCCUCUGCAGUCCAGACUUCUGAUAUAGAAGCAAAAUGCGAUACGAUUUUCGCGCGAAUUUCGUUUGUUCUCGGUUUCUUAUGUUUGAUUUUGGCGUUUAAACCUAGGGUUUUUAUUGCUGAUGUUGGAUUAGGCGGUGCGUUUUGUUUGUUAGGUCUUUGGGCUCUUCAGACCGGGCUUUCGCUUUGUUUUAUUCCGGAAGGUUGUCAUAGGUUAUUGGAUGUGGUGAAUGGUAUUGAGGGGUCUACUAAGUGUGAUCUAGAAGAGUCUAAGUUACGCGCCGUCGCGAUUUUGGAUCUGAUGUUUGUGAUUCAUGUUAUGUUUGUCAUUGUUAUUGUUAUGGUUAUUUAUGGUGUUGUAGCUAAGAGUGUUGGUGGGGUUAGAAGAUUGGGGUCUUAUGAAGCUCUACCUACUACUACUAGUACUGCUGCUGAUUCUAAUCAUAUUCAGAUGAAGGCUUUGACCGGCACUCAGGCUUGAUCGUUUUAACUGUCCAUAACCAGAAGAAAUCCAGAAUUACUUGUUAAUCAGGUCUUUGGGUCAUGAGUCCAUUUGAGCGUGUGGGAGAUUGGGAGACUGUAUGAUCUUUGUGGUUGUAGCAGCAACUGAUGAGGGAAGAAAGAAUAUAGUAUGGCAUUUUGUAGAUGAAUAUAUCUAUCCACCUAGGCAUUCGAAUCAUAUUUUUUUGCAUGAACACCCCUGUAUGUAAACUUUGAAGUCAGUGUUGCUUGGGUGAUGUAAUACGAACAUUAACAAUAAGAGGCCGGUGGAGGAUAUUUAAUCAAAUAUGAUGUAGUAUCCAGAGUAUGUCAUCAUUAUUUUUAUU